AUGCCGAGACGAAGGGAGCUGCAGGCCGAGGACCUGGCCAGCGCGCUGCGGCACCUCGACGAGGAGUUCGAGGCGGGCGAGAGGCUGGCCAAGGAGCAGACGUGGUGCGCGCCGGUGCCGCGCGAGAGGCAGGUGAGGACGGUGCGGAGGUUCUACCGGGCGUUCCACGACGCAGGCACGCUGCCGAUCGCGACCUGCACGCUAUGCUACCGGAAGCGAGCCAAGGAGGAGCUGAGGGAGACGACGUGGGAGGGGUGGUCGCGGAGCAGCGUUGCGGGGGGCGGGCGGUCCCGGUUCGGAUGCCGAAGCUGCUUCCCGGAGGGCAGGCCGGUGCCGGUCUGCGUAGAGUGCGCGCGAUGGGCCGGGCGCGAGGGGGCGUCGCCGGCCAUGCACCUCCACGGGCGGCUCGGCUGCGAGCACGCGUACCCCGACGAGCUGAAGGACCUCACGCCGCUCGAGGAGAAGCUCAUCUCACUCAACUCGUGCUACGGCUUCGUGACGAAGUACAGCAUCCCGGGCGGUCAGAGGCAGAGCGUGAGGUACCCGAGGCACGUCAAGGGCCACAUUACCGUGUUCCCAAACGACGUGCAGGGCCUAGCCGCUAAGGUGCUGCCGCACCCGCUGCUCCGGGUCAUGGACGAGAUCCACGUCUCGUGGCAGGGUGCCGAGAGGCCCGGGCCGCGCGACCUAUCGGGCCUGCUGUCGGUAAGGCGGUCGGCGGUGGAGAGGGCGCUAGCCUGGCUCAAGGAGAACAAUCCGCUCUACGGCGAGGUCGAGAUCGACGCGGCGGAGAUGGCCAGCUGGGGGGCGCCGCCGCACGGGGUGCCGCCGGUGGUGUGCGAGCGGCUAGAGCGAAGCGAGCCGUCGGCGCGGGAGAGGACGCGGACGGCGCAGGUGGUGCCCCCGUCGGAGCGGGCCAUGGACGACGAGGGUGCGGUCGAGAUCGAGGAGGUCCUCGCGAUGCUGAGGCAGGGGCGGGACCCCGCCGAGGGGAGCCGUGACGUCGGGCUCACGUGCGAAGACGACGACGGGGACGGCGCUAGGCCCGAAGAGGACGGGGACGUAAUCAACGAGGUGACGUCUUCCGGCAUGUUCCCGUUGGACGGGGCGCCAGAGGUGGCCGAUGCUGAGAAGAUUCGCUUCGCCCGCGGUGCCGUCGGGCCCGAGGGAGCGCGCGCCGGCCCGAGGACGUGGGUAGGGACUGCGGCCCGAGGGGCGGAGGGCGAUGGCGGCGACGUCGAGCCGUACAUACAGGUGCGGCGCGGCGAGGAUUUCGCCGACUCGGCGGACGCCUCCUUCUUCGCAAAGGCCUUUCCGACCCUGUUCCCCUGGCUUAGCGUCGGGAACCAGGGCACGCAGGCGGAGCGGGUCGCGGAGGGCCUUAUGUCGACGCGGAACAUGAAGCUCCAAGCAUGGGCCGACGUCGUGCUGCGGCGCCACGGCGGCCGGUUCGCGACGCACCCUAUCUUCGCCUUCCUCGUCUUUAACAUGGGCGUACGGUCUAGGAACCGCCAGGCCAGCAUGCUAGGCGUCACGAGGAAGAACUUCGCAAGGGUCGAGGGCCUGUUAAAGUCGUUAACGGCGCAGAGGCUCGAGGCGGCGAGGGUCGAGCUCGAGGCCACGGGCAAGACUAGCGACGACGGGGUAAAGGAGCUCCUCCGGUCCCUCUCCGUGUUCGGCUACCGGCAGCCGAUGUCGAGGGAGAGCCGGCUUAGUAUGCGGAAGAAGAUACUCUCCCUCAUCAUAAGGCACGGGGUGCCGGCCAUCUGGUUCACGCUGAACCCGAACGACAUUACAAACCUGGUAAAGUUGCGGCUAGCGGCACAUCGCGGCCGCGACCCGGACGAGGCCGAGGCCUUCCUACGAGACCUAGGGACCGCGUAUAAGCGGACGCGGCUGGCCAUAUCGGACCCGAUGAGCUCGGCCGUCUUCUUCCACCGGGGGAUGACGCUCUUCUUCGAGCACUACGUCAACGUCGGGGAGGAGGGCAACGCGGGCCUUGGCGAGGCGCUCGCCGGCCCCGAUACGGAGGAGCAGGCGGCGUACCGGGAGCGCAUCGUCCGCUACGUAGAUAGCGUCUUCUCCGAGGAGCUAGACGCAGAAGGUUACUGCGCCGUGCAGGCGGAGCGGUCGGCCACGGCGGACAUAUCGUCGCGGCUCGACGACGUCGCGCGCUUCACGGACACCUUCGACGAGGAGGCCAACUUCUGCGCCGGCGCGACGCAGAUCCACACGCAUAGCGCGACCUGCGUAAAAUACUCGCUCGGCGCGAGGGCGCGGAAGGGGGACCUCUGCCGGUUCAAGGCGCCGUGGAGGCUGGUGGAGAGGACGGCGCUGACGGCGGACGGGGUGCUCGAGAUCCGGCGGACGCAUAGCAUGGUGAACCGGUGGAACCGGGCGAUGGCAGUAGGACUACGGCACAACCACGACAUCUCGUUCAUCGCGACGCAGCGCAAGACCAUGGCCCUAAUCUACUACAUUACCAACUAUGCGACGAAGGGCAACGGAAGUGGCGCCGACCGCGACGCCGGCCGAGGGGGCGGGGCCGAAGGGGUGGCGACGGCGGCGGACCCCAUAGGGGGGAACAAGACGAGAACGUUCCUGCUCAAGGCGGCGAACCGAGUAUUUACGGAGCGGCCGCUGUCGCAGGUCGAGGUGAUCGCGCACCUCCUAGGGUACCCGGCAGAAUUUAGCAGCGGCUCGGCGUGGGCGUACGUGAACGCGAACCAGCUCUACUGGGCCGUCUUCCGCCGGUGGCGGCACCUCCGACGGGCGAGCGGCGCGGAGGCGACGGGCGACGCGCCGGACGAGACGGUCGUCGUCGAGGAGGCCGGGCCGAGGAUACCCCUCGUCGAGGCCUACCGGCACAGGGGCGAGCUCCUACGGGGCCUCUGCCUUUAUGACUACGCAUCGCUCGUAAGGCUAAAGCGAAACGGCCGCGGCGCCGACGGUGGGACGGGCUGGGGCGAGGUACCCUUCGCGGAGAGCUGGGCGUCGGGGAAGGGCUGGGUGCAGGCGCUUAGGCGGCCGGGUAGCGGGGCGACCGUAUGCCUCGACGGAUACCUCAGCAAGGAGUUUAGCGAGGGAGACGACGAGUCGUGCCACCGAAGGGCGGUGGUACAGCACCUGGCCCUAUUCGUGCCGUGGGAGUCCUUCCUCGGCGAGGAGGCAGGCGACAUCAACGACAUCUGGGCGCGCGCGCGGGAGUCGCUGGCGCCGAGGGUCGCGCGGCUCGCAGACAACGUGCAGCUCCUCCGGCGGUCGGCCGAGGACGCGAAGCGCGACGCCAAGCAGUGGGCCGCCACGGCCGAGGAGGGCGGUAUGACGGCGCCGCAGGCCGGCGACGAAGGCAGGGGGGCGGCCGAGGGGGGCGAGGAGGCGUACCGCGCCGGCGGGGCGGGCGACGCGGCCCGGCUCAUCGACGUCGUCCGGAAUGCCGCCGGCGCGGGACAAGUCACGGCGCAGUCAACAGAGCUGCUAGCGAUGACGCAGCAGCUCUGCCGGUUCCAGCAGUCGGCGCUAGGGUCGGAGGCCGAGCUCGCGGCGACGGUAGUGGCGGAGGAGAGGGCAGGCAGGCGGGUGAACCUACCGGGCUCGGAGCUCUCGGGGGCGGCGCUGCCACGGCAAGAAGAGGGCAUCCAGGGCGGCGGGGCGGCGGCGGGCGUCGGGGCCGACCGCGGCGCGGCUCUUCGCGGGGUGAUGGGGGGCUUCGGCGAGGACGACAUGGACGUAACGGCGGCCGACGGCGACGUAGACGCUGGCACGGCGGCGGUGAUGCGCCUAACGCUCAACGAGAAGCAGGCCAUCGCUCUCCUAAUCGUAUGCCGGCAGCUCGACCGAAUCCGGCAGGGCGACGACGCAGGCGGCGAUGGCGGCGGCCAGCUCUGCCUGUUCAUCGGCGGCGAGGGCGGCACCGGCAAGUCGCGCGUCAUCGAGGCGCUCGUCGAGCUGCUCGCCCGGAGGGACCUAUCGAGCCGGCUGCUGGUUACGGCGACGUCGGGCACGGCGGCAGCACGGAUCAACGGCAUCACACUACACUCGGCCUGCGGCCUUACGGUCGGCCAGGGCGGCCGGGCGGGAGGGGCGACGAGGGACGUAGACGGCGUACGGCUGCCGGGCCAGGGCGAGCGCUUCGUCGACGGCCGGUCGCGGAUGGACUGGCAGGAGAAGGAGGUGCUGGUGAUCGACGAGGUCAGCAUGCUCGGGGCGCGGACGCUGCACGCCGCCAACGAGCAGCUGUGCAGGCUGCGGGGGUCGGCGCGAGACUUCGGCGGCAUCCCGGUGGUGAUCUUCUGCGGCGACUUCCACCAGUUCCGGCCGGUGCAGGAGCGGUCGAUCCUGCUGCCGAGCGCGGCGGUGGCGUGGGACGAGGACGGGGCGUUCGCGGCCGAGCAGCGGCGGCAGCACGACAAGGCGCACGCGCUGUGGCGGCGGUUCACGACGGUCGUCAUGCUGGACGAGCAGAUGCGGGCCGCCGGCGACCCGGAGCUGCGGCGGCUGCUCGGGCGCAUCCGCCGGGGGGAGCAGGACCGGUCGGACCUAGAGCUGCUCAACUCGAGGUGCCACCGGCCGGGCAGGCGGAUCCCGUGGGAGACGGGCCUGACGGUGGUCACGCCGCUCAACCGGAACCGCUGGAACCUCAACCUAGAGGCGGCGCUCGCGUUCCGGGCGCGGCGGCGGACGGCGGCGCGCGUCUUCCUGUCCGAGCACAAGUGGAGGGAGGGCCUGCCGACGGAGGAGGAGGCGGUGUUAAUGCUGUGCCAGGGCGACGACAGCGCGACGCCGGUGCCGGCCGUCUUCGUUUUCGUGCCGGGCAUGCCGGUCGUCGUGAACCAGAACACGCACCAGGGGCUGAAGCUAGUGAACGGGGCCGGCUACACGGCGGUAGACGUCAUCCCCGACCGGGCCUUCCCCGGCCACCGGGUCUCGGCCGAGCUGACGAUGCACUUCGGGCCGCCGGCGGGCAUCGUGCUGGCUUCGGAGACGACGAGGGACUUCCACUUCGUCGGGAUGCCGGCCGGGACGAUCCUGCUGACGCCCAUCAGCGUCAAGAUCACGGCGCAGCGGAAGCGGCCGUGGCAGCGCAACGACGUCAGCCGGAGGGGCCUGCCGUGCGCGGCGGCCUUCGCCUGCACCGACUACAAGGUGCAGGGCGGGACGCUGGAGCGCGUGGCGCUGGAGCUGCGGGGGGCGAGGAUGACGACGGUCGAGGGGAGGGCGGUGCCGUCGCCGUGCGACCCGUACAGCCUGUACGUGCAGCUGUCGCGGUGCCCGACGCUCGACGGCAUCAUGCUCGUAUCGGAGGUGCGGGAGCGGGAUCUAGUCGGGAACCGGGUGCCCGAGGAGAUGACGGCAGCGCAGGCCCGGCUAGAGGAGCUUAGCAGGCAGACGACGCAGGAGGCGGCCGACUGGCUCCGCGGGUAA